GAAAAUGGCUGAACAGAUCCCUUUCAGUAGCAUGGAGAAUAUUUUGAUGAAGUUGGGGUCCCCCACCGGCCAAGCAAUUGGGUUGGCCUUUGGCGUCCGCAAGGAGCUAGCAAAGCUUCAAGAGACACUGUCCACCAUCAGAGAUGUUCUCCUUGAUGCUGAGGAGCAGCAGGAGAAAAGCCAUGCUGUAGAAAAUUGGGUGAGGAAGCUGAAAGAAGUUAUCUACGAUGCUGAUGACUUGCUGGACGAUUUUGCAGCCCAUGAUUUGCGGCAAGGACGAAUAGCAAGGCAGGUUCGUGACUUCUUCUCAUCCUCUAAUCAAGUUGCGUUUCGUUUUAAGAUGGGUCAUAGAAUAGCAGAUAUUAGAGGAAGACUGGAUGAUAUUGCAAAUGAUAUCUCUAAGUUCAACUUUAUUCCAAGAGUCACAACUAACAUGCGGGUGGAGAAUAGUGGGAGAGAGACCCAUUCUUUUGUGUUGACGUCUGAAAUUAUGGGAAGGGAUGAGGACAAAAAGAAGAUAAUAAAAUUAUUGUUGCAAUCAAAUAAUGAAGAAAAUCUUUCGGUUGUUGCCAUUGUUGGUAUUGGUGGUUUAGGCAAGACCACAGUAGCUCAAUUGGUAUACAAUGAUGAGGAUGUGGUAAAGCAUUUUGAUCUUAGGUUGUGGGUAUGUGUUUCUGAGGAUUUUAAUGUAAAAAUACUCGUUAGAAGCAUCAUAAAAUCUGUAACAAGUAGAGAUGUGGAGAACUUGGAUUUGGAUCAACUGAAAAAUGUACUUCAUGAACGCUUGAGUCAAAAGAGGUAUUUGUUGGUGCUAGAUGAUGUUUGGAAUGAGGACUCUGAAAAAUGGAACAAAUUGAGAAUUUUGUUGAAAGUUGGUCCUAUAGGGAGUAAAAUUGUAAUAACUACUCGAAGCUUUAAAGUUGCAUCAAUUACUGGAGUUGAUUCCCCGUAUGGUUUGGAUGGCUUAAACCAUGAUCAAUCUUGGGCUAUGUUUAAAAAUUUAGCAUUUGGAGAAGAGCAACAAAAAGCACAUCCAAACCUCUUAAGAAUAGGAGAAGAAAUCACAAAAAUUUGCAAUGGAGUCCAUCUUGUAAUUAGAACUUUAGAAAGAAUAUUACAUUCUAAAAGUGAAGAAAAUCAAUGGUUGUCCAUAAAAAACAAUAAAAAUCUAAUGUCACUACAAGAUGGGAACAACAUAUUAUUGGUCCUAAAGUUAAGCUAUGAUAAUUUACCGAGUCAUUUGAAAUAGUGUUUUACUUAUUGUGCAUUGUUUCCAAAAGACUAUAAAAUUGAGAAAAAAAUAUUGAUACAAUUAUGGAUGGCUCAAGAUUACAUUCAACCCUUAGAUGAAAAUGAACAUCUAGAGAAUGUUGGUGAUCAAUACUUCGGGGAGUUAUUAUCACGGUCAUUGUUUCAAGAGAUUGAAAAAGAUGAUAACAAUAACAUAUUAAGUUGUAAAAUGCAUGACCUUAUUCAUGAUCUUGCACAAUCUCUUGUAAAGUCCGAGAUCUUUAUUUUGACGGAUGAUGUGAAAAAUAUUUUGAAAAAAAUGUAUCAUGUGUCAAUUUUCAAAUGGAGUCCAAAAAUAAAGGUUUUAAAAGCAAAUCCCGUAAAAACCUUAUUCAUGCUCUCUAAAGGUUAUUUUCAAUAUGGUCAAAAUGUGGAUUCUAUAGUGAACAAUUGCAAGUGUCUACGAGUGUUGGACUUAUCUUGGUUAAUGCUUGAAAAGCUGCCAAAGUCUUUGGGUAAAUUGGUUCAUUUGAGGUAUCUCGACCUUUCCAGGGGUGGAUUUGAGGUGCUUCCUAGUGGAAUUACAAGCUUACAAAACCUGCAGACAUUAAAACUCUGGGAAUGUCAUUCUCUUAAAGAAUUGCCAAGAAAUAUAAGAAAAAUGAUCAACUUGAGGCACCUCGAGAUAGAUGCAUGGACUAGAUUGAGUUAUAUGCCUUGCAGAUUGGGAGAAUUGACUAUGCUUCAGACCCUACCAUUCUUUAUUAUUGGGAAAGGUGACCCCUAAGGGAAUAGGUAGGCUGAAUGAAUUGAAAUGCCUUAACAAUCUAAGAGGAGGGCUACGGAUUAGAAAUCUUGAAAGGGUAAAGGGUGGGGCAUUAGAAUCGAAAGAAGCAAACUUGAAGGAAAAACACUACCUUCAGUCCUUGAGAUUAGAGUGGGAAUGGGGGGAAGCUAACCAGAAUGGAGAGGAUGGUGAGUUUGUGAUGGAAGGCCUGCAACCACACCCAAAUCUAAAGGAGCUCUACAUAAAAGGUUAUGGAGGUGUGAGGUUUCCGAGUUGGAUGAGUUCCAUGCUCCCUUCUCUCCAGCUUCUGGACCUUACAAAUCUGAAUGCGCUGGAAUACAUGUUGGAAAACUCUUCAUCUGCAGAGCCAUUCUUCCAAUCUCUUAAAACACUCAACCUGGAUGGUUUGCGUAAUUACAAGGGAUGGUGUAGGAGGGAGACAGCAGGACAACAAGCUCCUUCAUUUCCUUCUCUUUCCAAAUUACAGAUCUAUGGGUGCGAUCAGUUAACAACCUUCCAGCUGCUUUCAUCUCCCCGUCUUUUUAAAUUAGUUAUUGAGAAUUGCAGUAGCUUGGAAUCCCUGCAACUGCCUUCGUGUCCUUCUCUUUCUGAAUCAGAGAUCAAUGCGUGUGAUCAAUUAACAACCUUCCAACUGCUUUCAUCUCCCAUUCUUUCUAAAUUACCUAUUUGUAACUGCAGCAGUUUGGAAUCUCUGCAACUGCCUUCGUGUCCUUCUCUUUCUGAAUUACAGAUCAUUAGGUGCCAUCAGUUAACAACCUUCCAACUGCUUUCAUCUCCCCAUCUUUCUGAAUUAUAUAUAAGUGAUUGUGGUAGAUUGACAACCUUCGAACUGAUUGCAUCCCCUCGUCUUUCUAGAUUAGGUAUCUGGGAUUGCAGUUGCUUGGAAUCCUUGCAACUGCCUUCUUUACCUUGUCUUGAGGAACUAAAGCUGGGUAGAGUCCGUGAGGAGAUACUAUGGCAGAUAAUUUUGGUCUCUUCUCCACUGAAGUCUCUCCAUAUUUGGGGCAUAAAUGAUCUGGUAUCUCUGCCAGAUGAUCGACUACAACACCUCACUUCUCUCAAGUCCUUACAAAUUGAGGAUUGUGGUGGACUAAUGUCUCUGUUUCAAGGGAUUCAACAUCUCAGCGCCCUUGAGGAGUUAGGAAUUGAUAACUGCAUGCAGCUCAACUUGUCAGAUAAAGAGGAUGAUGAUGGUGGCUUGCAAUUUCAAGGCCUUAGAAGCUUGCGUCAACUAUUUAUUGGACGAAUUCCAAAAUUGGCGUCUCUCCCAAAGAGGCUUCGACACGUUACCACACUCGAAACUCUCUCAAUUAUUGAUUGUUCUGAUUUCACCACUUUACCAGACUGGAUAGGUAGCCUAACUUCCCUUUCAAAGCUGGAAAUUAUCGACUGCCCUAUAUUCAAGCUUGAAGAUCGGUCCAAAUCCAAGAUUGCUCAUAUUCCGACAAUUGACAUCCGCUGAGAUGUAUCUCAGGAAAUUGAACUGGCUUGUGGUGUUAGAGAGGAGCUAAAAAAACUUGGGGACACAUUGACCACCAUCAAAGUUGUGCUUCUGGAUGCUGAGGAGCGACAUGACAGGGAGCAUGCAGUGGAGAAUUGGGUGAGGAGGUUCAAAGAUGUCAUCUAUGAUGCGGACGACUUGUUGGAUGACUUUGCAACCUAUGACUUGAGGCGAGGAGGAAUGGCAAGACAGAUAAAGAGGAUGAUGAUGGUGGCUUGCAAUUUCAAGGCCUUAGAAGCUUGCGUCAACUAUUUAUUCAAGGAAUUCCAGAUUUGGUGUCUCUCCCAAAGGGGCUUCAACAUGUUACCACACUGGAAACUCUCUCAAUUAGAGAGUGUUCUGAUUUCAUUACUUUACCAGACUGGAUAAGCAGCCUAACUUCCCUUUCAAAGCUGGAAAUUGGGGGGUGCCCUAGAUUCAAGCUUGGAGAUCGGUCCAAGAUUGCUCAUAUUCCAACAGUUGACAUCCAGCUAACAUAUAUUUCAGAGUUGUAAUCUUCAAUUGUCCACUAUUGUGAGGAAGUUGCCAAAAGAAACAUGUGCAGAUUGACCUACGAUUGCUCAUGUCCCAACAACUCUUAUUGGCAUUCUAUCAUGCUCUGCUGCAUGAAGGAAUCCCACUCUAUUCGAUUCAAGACCGCCAUCCACAAUUUUCAGUGCUAGAAAUCCAAGAAAGAAAGUCUGAGGGAAAACAAAACCUUCAAUGCUCAAGACUAUAUUGGGGAAGCCCGAUUAUUGGUGAGAGACAGAUCAUUGGUGGCUUCAAGAAUAUGGGUGGUCUCUAAACUAUUGGGAUGGCCCAGAACCAGUUGCCAAUAAGGGGAUGAAGAGGUUGAGUCAAUGAUGAGGUUCUACCACUAUGCUGGAUAUUUGUGGAAGAGUUGAUCUAAUAUCUCUGCCUGAGGAAGGACUGUGAUCGACUUGUCUCAACAAUUUGUCAAUCACGGAUUGUCAUGGCCUAUUUGUGUCAAGCAGGAAGCUUGGUUUUUCAGAUAAUGAGGAUGAUGAUGACACUGUCAAGAAAUUUCAAGGACUUAGAAGCUUUUUCACAAUAUGUGGAAAUUGUUUCAAUUCCACAGUUGUCUGUCUCCCAAGGGAGAUUCAACAUGUUACCUCCCUGGAAACUCUCUCAGUUAUUCUGGUCUAGUAGCUUUGCCAGACGGUAGGAAGCGCUACAUCAUUUUCAAUGCCUCAAAUUGAAAUCAGUUCCAAUGGAUGUGUUCAAUCAACCCUUUAUAGAAACUGAUAAUCUAUGGUUGUCGGCACUUACUGGAAAUGUGCUAAAAGGAAACAUGUGAAAAUUGGCCUAAGAUUUUACAUGUUCCUAAAAUUGAUAUUGAGGAGCCAUAGUAGGAUGAUAGUGAGGAGCCAUCAGAAGGAUGCCUGCUCUUCAAUGGUCUCAUUCACAAUAUAUUUUAGUAGAACCACAACAUACCACUUGAGCAAGGAGCAAAUUUUACUGAAUCCAUCUAACAGUUGGUCAAUUCUCUUCUCUCAAGUCUCUCGACCUUGGGAAUCUAAAUCAUCUGGAGCACAUGGAUAACAGGGUCAUGUCUUCUUUAUUUUCAUUGAGAGACAAUCUGGUUUAGGAAAAGCAGCAAACAAGAAGAAUUAGUUGGACCAUUAUUCCUAUUCCUGCCAUGAUGGAGAAAUUCAUGCUGGAGAAGCUUCAAAAGACAUGGUUGAAGGGUAGUAUCACUAGCAGAGCAUGUAACAGCACCAACAUUCAAUAUCCACGUCUUGAUCAGGAUUUUGAUUUUUUAUAACAUCUCUUCCAGAAAAGGGUUUCCAACACCUCAAUUUUUCUUAAUUGUGGUAAGCAUGACAUGUCAUUGCCUAUUUAUAUGGAGUCUAGAUAUCCAGUUUUUAAUGAUGGCAGAAAUCUGUCUCACAUGUCAGACUUGAAAACUUCUAGAAUUUUUUGUUGCUGAGAGAUUCCCCUGUUAGAGACAAGAAUGAAGGUAGCAUGCAAUUUUGAGUACUUGACCCGGUCCAAAGUUGAUGCUUCUCUCAAAGACUUCAACAUGUCAAUGCUCUGGAAAUCUAACACCUUAGGACUCUACUUGAUUGGCUGCUGACUUUGACAUACUAGAAUGGUACUUCACAUCACUAAGAGGGUGUUUGUUUUUU